GAUGAUGAUAAAUAAUCAAUCGAACAAAAACAAUAAAAACAUUCAGUCGUAUUUAUUGUAUUUUUUUGUUUAGAGUUAUUCUAACAGAUAAAAAAUCUUAUAUUAAACAGUAUUUAGGAAAAUAUAAAAGAUAAUGGCUGAAAAUGAGACAUUGUGUAGUGAGACAGAAGAUAGCACAGAAGAGGAGAUUGAACCAAAAUUUAAGUAUCAACGUUUAGCCCAUGAUCUAAAGGACAUACUGAAUAAGGAUGUAGUCACGGCAUGUGCUGUACACUCCAAGUUUUUAAUUUUUGGCACAUUUUUGGGCGGUGUCUAUCUUUUGGAUCAUCAAGGUAAUACCGUAAAUUCUCAUUUAACUGGUGACCGCAAGGAAUUUGCGCAUACGGUAGCGGUAAAUGAAGUGGAUAUAGAUACCAAGGGUGAACAUAUCGUAACGUGUUCAGAUGAUGGCAGAGUUAAUAUUAUUGGUCUAUUUAGUGAUGAACAAAAUCAAACUAUUAGCUUUGGCCAUUCCAUAAGAUCGGUGGUAUUGGAUCCAGAUCCUAAAGUUACGGAAGGUCGAAGAUUUAUAGUCGGCGAUGAUAAACUAACAAUUUAUGAGAAAAAUUUUCUUAAGAAGCUAAAACCAAAUGUUUUAUCAACUGCCGAGGGCCAUGUUAUAUCGGUGUGUUGGAAUGGUCCCUUCGUGGCCUGGGCUAGUUGUUUAGGUGUUCGAGUGUAUGAUUUAAAUGAGAAAUGCUCAUUGGGUCUUAUGAAAUGGGAGGAACCACCUAAUGCGCGUCUAGAAAACUUUCGCUGCAAUUUUCGUUGGGCUAAUGCAAAUACUCUACUAAUUGGCUGGGUUGAUACGAUACGAAUUUGUGUCAUACGUAAACGUAAUGCAGUGGAGGCCACCUUAAGAGCAUUACCUGGUUUUAUAGUAGAUCCUAUAUCUACAUUUCAGACCACUUUUUAUAUAAGUGGUUUGGCUGCUUUAACUUCCAAUCAAUUGGUGGUUUUGGGCUAUCCGAAGGAAAAGGAUUCUGAACGCAAAGCUUUACGACCCGUCUUAUCAGUGCUGGAAUAUAAGUUAAAUAGCAGUGAGGAAAUUUGCACUGAUAGUUUAUCUUUAAGAGGUUUUAAGGAAUAUUCCGUUAAUGAUUAUAUAUUGGGUUGUUUACCAGAAGAGAAUCGUUAUUAUCUUAUUGCACCAAAGGAUAUUGUUGUGGCAACUUUACUUGAUACUGAGGAUCGUGUACAAUGGUUGAUAGAACACAAAAAAUUUGAGGAAGCUAUGGAAAUAACAUCUUUACAUGGUGGUAAUAUAUUACCAGUUGCCAGAACUUAUAUAAAUUAUUUAAUAACAAAAAAAGAUUUCGAUACCGCUGGCAAGCUAUGUCUACGUGUCUUGGGUAAUAACAAAUCCCUUUGGGAGGAAGAAGUCUUUAAGUUUGUCAAACACAAUCAAUUACGUUCGGUUAGUGCCUAUUUACCCACAUCGGAUGAUUGUAAACUAGAUCCUCAUGUUUACGAAAUGGUUUUAUACGAAUAUUUAAAAUUCGAUGUUAAAGGAUUUUUAAAUCUAAUCAAAGAGUGGCCCUCAAAUUUAUACGAUUGUUCCGCCGUUAUAAAUGCCAUACAUGAUAAUUUUCGCAAACAAUAUGCCAAUGAAUUACUCGAAUCGUUAGCUUUGCUCUAUACCUACCAGAGGGACUACGAGAAUGCCUUGAGAAUGUAUUUGAAAUGAAAUAAAGAUGUUUUCGAUUUAAUUAGACGUUAUGAUCUCUAUAGUGUUAUACACAAAAUGAUUGUACCGCUCAUACAGCUGGAUCAGGAACGUGCCUUUCAGAUACUUUUGAAUAAAAGUAAAAUACCACCAGAGAUAGUUGUUCAACAAUUGGAGCCGUAUCAGGAGUUUUUAUAUUUGUAUUUGGAUGCCUUAGAUAAGGUGGAUAAUAGUGGUACAUUCCAUUGGAAGUUAGUGGGUUUAUAUGCAAUAUACAAUCGUUCCAAAUUGUUGCCAUUUCUUAGACGUUCAAAACAUUAUCAUAUACAGGAAGCUUUGAAUAUAUGCAAAAGUAAAUCAUUUCAUCCGGAAAUGGUGUAUUUACUGGGGCAAAUGGGUAAUGUAACGGAAGCUUUAAAUAUCAUAAUACACAAGAUAGAAGAUAUUGAAAUGGCUAUAGAGUUUUGUAAAGAACAUGACGAUUCCGAUCUGUGGAACUUAUUAAUAGAAGAAUCUGUAAAAAAUCCCGAAAUAUUAACUAAACUUUUGGAUGGUAUAAUAGGUUACAUAAAUCCUGAAAGAUUAGUGAACAAAAUAAAAUUAGGACAAAAAAUACCAGGUUUAAGAAAAUCCUUAUAUAAAAUGUUAUGGGACUAUCGUUUACAGGUCGAAAUCCAAAAAGGUUUCAAUAAAAUCCAAUUAAUUGAUUACUUUGAGACACACUCACAGGUGGUGCGUCAACAGAAUCGUGCAUUAAGUAUUAGCUAUGAUAAUAAAUGUUGCGAAUGUAAGCGUAAUAUUUUAUGUAAAGCCACUACUAUACCGCUUAAUAAUGUCGUAGCAUUCCGAUGUGGUCAUGUCUAUCAUGAAGAUUGUGUUCCCGGUCGUUCGACAAAUAAACAUUGUGGUGUUUGCUCUGUUACCGAUUCGGAUGAUGAAUAAGACUUAGUUUUUAAUCUCACUUACAAGAAAAAUGAUAUAUUUUA